AGAUAAAAUUAAAUAAAGAGAAAGAAAGCAACAAAAAAAGCACACGACAAUCAACAAAAUCACUUUUGAGUACUUGAGAAUCAUAAACUAUAGUUAAAUAAUACUCAGACAUAGAGAUAUUGUAUUUGAGUGAGUACGAGUAUAUUGGGGAAGUACUUACAGAUACAGUUCCAUACAUAAGCAGUGUAUAAAAUUGUGAAUGAAAGUGAUGUAUAGAACGAACAGCAGGCGACAGGCUGUUACGAUUAAAGAUUAAGAAGUAGUUGGCGAAAAGCUAUCGCCAAGAACACAACACAUUUGUUUUUAAAUAAAAUACUAAACAAUUAAGUGAAAAAGUGUAAAUUAAUUAACGGAAAGAAGAAAGUGAAAUAAAUUAAAAGAAAAUUCUAAAAUGCAAGCAUUUAAGUUUUUAAGAACUAUUGCUUUCCUAAUAGUAUUAGCCCUUAGUGAGGCCCGCCGUCUGAGCAUAAGAGCCACUAACUUAGUACAACAACCACCACAUGUUGAACAUCAAGACUCAACUCCACACAGACUUUCACCCGAUGCCUAUAAUUCUCUGCGUGAAAUCUUCUUUCGUUAUGAAGAAUCCAAAACUCUGGGAGCCGAUAUAAUUUUAAAUCAAAAAGAGCUACAAGCCAAUCAAAUUAUAAUGGAAGUCAAGACCAAAGAAUAUGAGGAGGGUUUGAUAACGCCGCAUUUAUUUGCCCCCUCCCAGCAUUUGUUUGCUGUUUUAGAUGAAAUCAAAGAAUCACCUCUCUUCAAGUAUAUUUCCAGCCUGCCCAAGGGAGCUGUACUACAUGCUCAUGAUACCGCUUUAUGCAGUACGGAAUAUAUAAUAAAACUUACUUAUCGAGAAAAUCUAUGGGUAUGCCAGUCGAAUGAGGAUCAAAGACCUGUCAGUUUAUUAUUUGCUAACGCGCAACCUUCAGCAGAUGCGGAAAACAACUGCAGUUGGGAGUUGUUGUCGAAAGUGAGGGAUUCACAAGGAGCCGAUAAGGUUGAUACAUAUUUGCGUGAACAUUUGACUAUGUAUCCAACAAUGAAAUUUGUCGAUAACAAUGAGGCCUGGGAGCGUUUUAUGAGUAUAUUUGGUCUUUUGGGUGGUUUAUUGACAUAUGCCCCCGUCUGGUCGGAUUAUUUCUAUAAUGCUUUAGAAGAGUUUCGUGCGGAUGGUGUACAAUAUUUGGAAUUGCGUACUACGUUGCCAAUUCUUUAUGAUUUACAAGGUACCGAGCACACUGCACUUGAUACGGUAGAUACCUAUAAACACACUUUGGAUAUAUUUAUGAAAGAAUAUCCAGAUUUCAUAGGAGCAAAAUUGAUCUAUGCACCCGUACGUAAUGUAGACAAUAAAACUUUUAUGGAAUAUGUAGACAUAUUGUUGAAAGCGAAGGAAAAAUAUCCCGAUUUAAUAGCCGGUUUCGAUUUGGUGGGUCAAGAAGAAAUGGGUCGACCUCUAAAAGAUUUCAUACCUCAACUAUUAAGCCUGCCCGAUAAUAUUGAUUUCUAUUUUCAUGCUGGUGAAACUAAUUGGUUUGGUUCUACGGUAGAUGAAAAUCUUAUAGAUGCCAUUUUAUUGGGUACAAAACGUAUUGGUCAUGGUUUUGCUUUAGUUAAACAUCCUUUAGUGUUGCAAAUCUUAAAGGAACGCGAUAUAGCUGUAGAGGUUAAUCCCAUAUCUAAUCAGGUUCUACAAUUAGUAUCGGAUUAUCGUAAUCAUCCUUGCUCUUACUUUUUUGCUGAUAACUAUCCAGUGGUUAUAUCCUCAGAUGAUCCUUCUUUCUGGAAGGCUACACCUUUAUCACAUGAUUUUUAUAUAGCUUUCUUGGGCAUAGCUUCAGCACAUUCAGAUUUAAGAUUACUCAAGAAAUUGGCUUUAAACUCUAUUAACUAUAGUUCCAUGAGCGCGGAACAAAAAGUGGUGGCUAUACAGAAAUGGCAAGAACACUGGGAUUCUUAUAUAGAUAGUGUGCUAAAUAAAAAUCCCUCUAAUAGUGCCGACCAAAUAAGAUUGAACACCAAUAAAAUCGAUUGACUAGCACGCCUGCUGUACGCUUUAUUAACUGUCUUCAGUUUUGGUUUCUAUUUUAGUUCGUAAACAUAAUUUAUGGCCGAUUAACCACCUUAACAGUAAACAUUUUUAUGGCGUUUCAGCAGUCUUUUGAUAAGUCCAAACGGAAUUUAUUUUAAAUAAAUUAAUAAAUAUUUACAAUUUGUGUAUGACUUGUAGUUAAUUGAUGGAUUUGAUUGAUUUGGAA